AUGGUUCAUUCUUUGUGCGAUCCUGCGACAGUUCCGCAAGAUUACUUCGCUGUUGUGAAUGAAUACGCGCAGCAUGGAUUCCGCUUGAUAGCUGUUGCGCGACGUUCUCUCAAUCUGAACUUCAACAAGGCUGUUAAAGUGCCAAGAGAUAAGGCACGUGAUAUUUUCUCUGUUCGAGUUCUGAAACUUGGGGUGGAGUGCAUGCUAGAGCUCUUGGGUGUCGUCGCAAUGGAGAAUCGUAUAAAGCCAGUUACUCUAGGAGUAAUAAAUCAGUUGAACCGCGCCCACAUCAGAACUGUGAUGGUAACCGGUGAUAACCUGCUAACAGCGAUGAGCGUUGCUCGAGAAUGUGGAAUAAUAAGGCCAAACAAACGAGCAUUUCUCAUUGAACAUCGUCCAGGAGAAGUUGAUUCACGUGGAAGAACUAAAAUAGUUAUCAAACAAUCUGUUUCCUCUUCUGGCGAUAUAUUGGAGGAUGAUCCACUUUUCUCGAAGACUGAAGCGGAUGUCGAACUUGGGAAACUCAUUCAGAGCAGCUAUCAUCGAAAGUAUACAUACUUGUAUUCGGGAUUUCUUCAGUGUUCUGUUACGAUUUAUUUUCUAGGACCAACGUUUGCCGUUAUGACUCAUGAGUAUCCCGAUGUUUUGUCCUCGUUGGUUUGUGUAUGCGAUGUAUUUGCUCGAAUGGCUCCUGAUCAGAAACAGCUGCUAGUCAAUGGUCUCCAAGAAGUUGGCUAUACUGUUGCCAUGUGUGGAGACGGUGCCAACGAUUGCGCAGCUCUAAAGGCGGCACAUGCUGGAAUUUCUCUUUCUGAUGCGGAGGCUUCUAUCGCGGCUCCAUUUACUUCAAAAGUAGCGGAUAUACGUUGUGUACCCACAGUUAUUAGUGAGGGACGGGCUGCUUUGGUGACGUCUUUUGGAAUUUUCAAAUACAUGGCUGGAUAUUCGCUGACGCAAUUUGUUACUGUGAUGCUUCUCUAUUACAUCUCAAAUAUCCUCACUGAUGGGCAGUUCAUGUAUAUUGAUAUGUUUCUCAUCACAUUGCUAGCAGUUUUGUUUGGAAAUACGUCAGCUUACGAAAAACUAUGUCCAACUCCUCCUCCGACACGUCUUCUGUCGGUUGCUAGUAUUUGCAGUGUGCUGGGCCAGCUGGCCAUCAUGGGCGGGACGCAGCUGAUCGUUUUCUUACUGACAACCAAGCAACCCUGGUUUGUCCCUUACAAUCCACCGCGGGGUGCUGAAAUUGAGGACAAAAGAAGCAUGCAGGGAACGGCUGUGUUCUACGUAUCCGUAUUCCAGUACAUCACUUUAGUUGUUGUUUAUUCGAAAGGACCUCCUUAUCGGAAUACGCUCUUUAGCAAUCGUCCAUUUUGCGCCUCGAUCGCGUUUGCUACCUUGGUGAGUAAUCCCUUUUUGUCAUUCACGUCGAACGAUUAUUUGCAUACAUAUUUUUGGAGUUCAGGAGGAAUAUAA